UGAAGUGAUAGGAAAAAUUGUCAAUAUUUACGCUAUGGUCUGGCCAGGAAAACCCGUUCUCAACAGAGUCCCACGACCAUCAGAUGUAGUACCGGUAGAAGCAUUUACAGCAGAUGACUCAGCAGAAGCUCGCCUUUUUCGUUUCAAAAACGCGUUGUACGACUUUAUUUUGUCAAUCAUAGACGAGACAGAAUCAGUAGCAAUCCCGCUCAGAAUUGGACAAGGCUCAUGCGCAGGCGGACAAAAAGAAUACUGCGCAGUGAUCGCCAAAGCCAUCGACGUCGCAUUUCGAAACAAUGUUGACGUCAGUAUUUAUGAGAAGCCGUGCGCUCUAUAAUAUCAAACACACACAUCUUACCUUGGGAUACUCUGGAAUUAGCGCCCAGACUACAUGUUUGUAGCAUGUGCUCUGUUCUAGUCCUAUCUGGAAAACUCAGAUCACUUCAAGAUCAAGACCUCGUGGGUCUCUCGGUCUAGAUCGCGUGUGUGUGUGUCGGGUACUGAGCUUGUACGGUCGCUCAGCAAAAUAAUUACGAAACCUUUUCUCUACGACAACAAUUUAGAUCGUCUUACAGUCACGCGUGAGAGCGUUUGCGAUUUGUGUAGAAACAUUUUUUUGGAUUACCUUUAGUACACUAUUUAUUUUCCAUUGAUACUGAUUCCUUUGUUACACAAGACAAAACUGCAUUAGCCAACGAGUGCGGAAUGAGAUGCCACCAGCGGGGAGCAAAGAUCUUUCCUGCUAGCGCUAUGGUUUCGAAGAUUUUUACGACGUGUCAGGAAAACGCAAAUGAAACGGACCAAGACACACCAUCCAAGUUAUCAGACGCGUGUUCUUUUCCGGUAUACUAUGUGACGGCGGCGAGUUCGCG